AUGGAGAACAAUCCUACGUUUCCAUCGUAUACUCCUACACCAAUCUGGCUUUUGGACGAAUCCAGGGAAAGGGACUCGGGAUUAGUUUAUAACCCAACUCCCAUUAAUGAACUCGAUCGAUAUGCUCCGACCAAUUUUUCUGUAGCCUACGCACCGGCCCCUUCAACUUUAGUUACUCCGGAGGCCCCAACCUACUCUCCUGUUGUACCGACUAGAACUUAUGAAAGCGUUUCCAGUAAAAUUUUUGGGUAUUCCCCUUCCAAAUUUGCGUUGAAAAACGAGCAUCUUGAUCCUGAAUGCCCAUCCAUGCAUUCAUAUAAAGCCGAAAAGUCUCCGACAGUUGAAGUUCUGACUGCUGCUGCUACUGAAAAACGCAAGAAAUUCUCUCUCUUUACUCCGAUUUGUAUGACAAACCCGAAGAACCGCUACCAUCAUCAGUUCAUCGAUCAUCUUUACCAAGGUCUUCACCAAAACCUACCCCAAUCUCGACCUAAACAGCCACUGCGACCAAGCAACAAAAUUCCGAUGCCCAUUCGUAAGCGUUAUCUCGAUCAGUUCAUUGAAGCCUGCAUAAGAAUAUGUGCUUCUGCACCAGAAGCAUAUGCCAUGGCCCUACGCGAAGAGCAAGCGUGCCAUGAUAAGGCGCAGAAUCGCCAUGUGUAUCUUCAUUCGGUCAUUAAUUGUCUUAAAAUUUUCAAUUCCCAGCCAGCUUACGAAACCAAACUGGCGCCAUUGCCUACAAAAAAUAGUGCAAAGCCAAUGAUAGCUAAGAAGGCUGAUUCGUCGAGUAAGGACCUCGAUGAAAUGGUCAAAGGUCCAGUAUUUUACAAGGAGUUAAAGCCAUUUCUCCUGACUGAGGAGGAGCUCAUUCAUAACAAGUUUCCACGACCUGAUAAGUCGGAAGGGGCUCCUCGCGGAAAAGCGGUUAUUGCUGUUCCUGACGAGAAGAAAAACGCUGUGGAAUUAUAUACGACUAAUAAGCGCUUUUGUUGCCGAUGUGGCAAAGCCUAUGAAGUUGAUAAAUUUGGAAUGCCAACUGUGAAAACCGAGUGUGUCUAUCAUUGGGGCAAACCAGUACGGCGAAGGAUGCCCGGUUCAGGCUUCGAUUUGCACUACACCUGCUGCCAAGCUGAAAGUGGGCAAGAGGGUUGCCAGGUUGCUCCUAAGGGUCACGUGACCGACACAAAUAGGUGGUGUGACCUGGAGGGGUACCUAACAACUCUUCCCCCGGCUUUGGACAAUUCGACUGACGAACCGCGGGUCAAUGUCUACUCCCUCGACUGCGAAAUGGUCUAUACCACUGGGGGUUGCUGUGAAUUGGCCCGCGUCACAGUGAUUGAUACAAAUCUGAAUGUGGUUGUGGACAGGGUCAUUCGACCUCUAAAUCCCAUCAUCGACGCAAAUACGCGCUUCUCGGGCCUCUCAAUCGAACAGUUAGAGACCUCGCAGUUGCAAAUCACCGAUGUGCAGAUGGAGCUUUUGCAACUUUGGGACGAGGAUACUAUCCUCAUCGGUCAUAGUUUGGAAAGUGAUCUCACUGCCCUUAAGUUCAUUCACAGCAAAGUCGUCGACACCUCAAUCGCUUUUCCCCACAGGAGAGGGUUACCCUACAAACGGGCUCUCCGAACGAUUGUCAGCGAAUAUUUGGAGCAGCUCAUCCAAAAUGAUGAGGCUGGCCACGACAGCAAGGAAGAUGCAGUUGCUUGCAUGCGAUUGAUGCAAAAGAAGGUGAAGGAGUGCUUGCAGAAGAGGGUGCGCAGACCCUCACAUUAG